AUGGUUGCAAUUUUACUUUGAGUUGCCACGAACUACUACUACUUUACCCUCUUAUAUACACUCUGUCUCACUAUUUUCACUCUUAUUAUUAUUACUAGCCCCAUUUGCAGAAGCAAUGACAUCUUGGGUGUUUGAGGAUAAUGGACACGACGAGGGAAAACAACAACCCUCCGAUUUGAUCAUCACGGAAAACACGAAUCUGACGGCCACAAAUCUCUCACUUCCAACUGAAACCUUUCUCAGAGCCGCGGUUUCACUCAAGGACCAGGUGGUGGAGGAGACGUGGAAGCGGAGGGAAAUGGUUGAUCCAACGGUGUAUAAGGGUUUGCUGGGCACAGCUUUCACUUGCUUGAGGUCGUACGAGGUCACCGGUAACCACACCGACUUGCAAUUAUGUGCAGAGAUUGUCGACACGUGCGCCACCGUUGCACGUGACUCCCUCAGGCACGUGACGUUUUUAUGUGGAAGAGGAGGAGCUUAUGCGCUUGGUGCGGUUGUCGCUAAUUACAUGGGGGACUCUCGGAAGCGUGACCUGUUUUUGGGUCUAUUCAUUGAGGUUGCAAAAGAGAGAGCCCUGCCUGUUGGACCUGAGGAAGGUGGUUUUGGAAUGUCAUACGAUCUUCUAUACGGCCGUGCCGGAUUCUUAUGGGCCGCGCUAUUCAUAAACAAGUACCUAGGAGACGAGGCAGUUCCAAGCGAUAUUCUAAUGCCAAUUAUCGAUGCAAUGUUGGCCGGAGGUAGGGCAGGAGCCUCCGACAUUAAGGACUGUCCAUUGAUGUAUCGAUGGCAUGGGACGAGGUACCUUGGCGCAGCGAACGGCCUAGCCGGAAUCCUGCAUGUGCUGCUCCAUUUUCCGCUUCCCGGCGAGGAUGCCGAAGAUGUGAAGGGAGCUUUAAGGUACUUGAUGAGUAAACGGUUCCCUCAUAGUGGCAACUACCCGUCAAGCGAAGGGAAUCCAAGGGAUAAGUUGGUGCAAUGGGGUCAUGGCGCAACCGGCAUGGCCAUUACUCUGUCCAAAGCUGCAGAGGUUUUUCCAAAUGACAGAGAACUCCGAGACGCGGCAAUCGAAGCGGGUGAGGUAGUGUGGAAGAGUGGCCUGGUGAAGAAGGUAGGACUUGCGGAUGGCGUGGCCGGAAACGCCUACGGCUUCCUUUCGCUCUUCAGACUAACCAAAGAACAGAUCUACGAAGAGAGAGCAAAAGUCUUCUCAUGUUUCUUGUACCGCAAUGGAAGUUCUCUUAUUGCGGGUGCUGAUGGUGGAAAUGCUUAUUCCCUCUUCCAAGGUAUUGCUGGAACUGCAUGCCUCUGGUUUGAUCUUGUUGCACCUCAUAACUCUAGAUUUCCGUGUUAUGAAUUAUAGAAUGAAGCUAAGAUUCGUUUUAUGUUAUUAUUAUUAUUAAUCUGUAAUGUACAUGGUGUGGGGUUAAACUAUGCUAUAAGUUUAGAUCAUGCUAUAUGUUAAAAAAGAUUGGAGUCGCUUACAAAUUCGGUUAUUUUCAUAGUUGAUAAUUCCGGUAGGAAGCAUGUGAAAUACG